AAUUGCACUGAAUAGAGGAGGGAGAGAGAGAGAGAGAGAGAUAGAUGGAAAAAAGCCAUGGAAUGAAUAGAGGGGCAUGGACAGCCAUGGAAGACAAGAUUCUUGAAGAACACAUCAAUGUUCAUGGCGAAGGGAAGUGGAAGCAUCUCCCCAAACGGGCGGGUCUUAAGCGUUGCGGUAAGAGUUGUCGGCUAAGAUGGCUGAAUUAUUUGAGACCAGAUAUCAAAAGAGGCAACAUUACUGACGAUGAAGAAGAUCUCAUCAUUAGGCUUCACAAACUUCUUGGAAACAGAUGGUCAUUGAUAGCUCGAAGGCUUCCAGGACGAACAGACAAUGAAAUUAAGAAUUACUGGAAUACAAUCAUCCGUAAAAGAACAAAUAAUCAACCACCAAACAAAUUAAUAAUAAAACCAACUCUAUCAUCUGCGAUUCGAACCAAGGCAUCUAGGUGCACUCGCGUCUUCAUCUCAACCCACGUCACUCCUCAACAACAUCACGCGCCGCCUCCUCCUCCGCCGCCGCCGCCGAUAUCCACCACAGAAACGGAGCCUGCACUUUUGCCACCUUUGAUCUCCUCCGGCGAAGAUAAUCCGACCAUGGCCGAUGAUGAUCUGAUGAAUUUUGUGAUGGACGAUGAUUUCCUCACAGAUUUUUUUUUUGAAGAUGGCUUCCAAGGAGAUGGCGCCGCCGCCGCCAUUAGCUGCUCUUCGGCCGACCCAAUCUCUUACGGCGAUCUCAUUUUUUCUGAUGAGCUUAAGUUAUUCGGGUCGGAUUAUGUAAACCCGGAUAUGUUAUGGUUAGGGAAUUUACCACCGCAGUAACAAUAAUAAAUUAAUAAUAGUAAUGUAAAUAAGUUAUUACCCUACUGCCAGUGCUAUAAAUA